CUCCUUUAUUUUAAAAAAGAAAAAAUCGAUGUGAUAACAACGCAUUGCAUUUAUGGUUUCCCGAUUGAUGUAUGACCUUUCAACAUCGGCUUACCUAACCAUUCUCUCUCCACUUUAUAGACAGAACCAAAUUUUUCCAUGAGGUCAACAUCCUCAGGCCGCUCAUUACACCGAACACUGAGUUCAGGAAAUGUAAAAAAACUUUUGGUAGCAAACCAUAAGCUUGAGGACAUUAAAUUUUUUUUAAUCCCCAUCUGCUUAUGUGAUCCGAGGAGGCCUUAGAGUCUCCGAACUCCUUUCUCCCAAAUCUGGGUUACACUCGACUAUUUUUUUCUCUCUCCUCCUCUCUUGCUACGCUUUGCUAGCUAGACAAAGUCUCUCGAGAUCUCGACCAUCGUUAACCAAAGUGUCCAGAAGACGACAUGGAGACAACUACGGUAUUAUCAAAAGGGGUAGAUUCCAUUGAACUCUCGUCAUAUGCUGGUCCUUCAUCUCCAUACAAUUAUAUUCAAUCAUCGGUACGACAAUCGUCUGAUAUCAGACAAGACACCGAAUUUGCUCGAUUAUUGGAUCGCAUUGAGAGAGAAUAUAAUAGCAACCGUCUGGAAAGCGCCAGUGAGUGUAUCCACCAAGCGCCUAGGUCCUUUCAAUCCGCCUUCGAUCUUCAGCUAUGGAGCUUGAAGAUAUACAUUCAACUGGAUAGAAUUGAGCAAGCUGUCGCGCUAUUCAUCAGCCUCCAUGCCGAAAACAUGCAAAAUCGCCCAUUUCUUCGAUUCCUGCUGGAACUCGUCAAUGUAUCUGAAGAUAGCCCAUCGAACGAACAUGCAUUAGCCCUACUCGGUCAUUUGCCGCCACUGUAUCAGCGAUCUGUGCUUGACUAUGCCAUAGAGUAUUAUGUCAAUAGAGAUCAGACACACCACGCCAGUUACCUGAUGGUGUACUACAUGAAGAGAUUUGGCCGAUUGGAGGCAGAGUAUCUGAUUCGUGCCAUGGAUUUAGCUGUGGAGGGCGCCAUGAACACCAACCAAUCACGGACGUUUCUAGUGCGAGAAGUUGUGCCGCUAUUGUUCAAACACAAGUUAGAGCUGGUUUCUGGCCAUGUUAGAAGAAUACGGACUGAAGAUAGGCCUUUGACCAUCGUCAUGGGAAGAGACUACUUUUUGCAGCUACUACGAGCAGGUCAAAGCUAUUUCGCAAAUGAAAUGGAUUGGCAAGGACUUUCCUAUUUCACCACCCAGAUGUUAAAUUUGUGCCGGUUUCCCCUACCGGCAGACUGUCCCAUAGAAAAAUUUCUUUCGGAGUUGACUGGCAACAGGGACAACUUGUUGAUUUCGGGUGGCCCCGCGAUUUCCAAGGAAGCAAUGGCUGCUCAAAUAAUGGAAUAUGAGAGCGCUGCUGUCAUGGGCAAAUUAUUUCAGCUUAGUAUGGAAUAUUACCAUCAUAUAUGCUCGAGUGACGAUGCAAACGAAGAGAAGGCUUGCUUGAUACCCAUCUGUGCGCUUCGCACUAAACCGGUAUCACAACUCAAUAACGAUUCAGAAGGGCAAGACGAUGUCAUGGUUACCAACAGUAAUGGAAAGAGAGUGAGGAACCCCAAAGAAGAUGAUGCUCAAACAAGUUUUUCCAUGCUCAGCACCUCUGAAGCCACCCAGCCACAAUUGAAAAAGUAUCGUGAGACAAACGAUAACACCACCACGCUAUCGAAGGAUGUAGAUGACGCUUUGUUCAUACUCAAUAGUGCUUCCUUGUGUUUCCAACAUCUCUCUGAAACAUCCCAGUGGGCCAAGGGGAUAUCGCCAGAUCUUGACACCAUUGAUUGGGACAACUGCAUGCAACUAUACCAACUUUCAUUUGUUCAGUUCAAUGCUGUACUCUUGUUGCGGAGUGACCUAGCGUUGGUGAAUCCAAACGAAUCGGGUAAUCUCUCGACCGCGCUCAAGCUCAACCAAGAACUGUGUGACCGUAUAGAGGCUCAAAGAAGAAAGGAGAAACUUGGUAGUGACAAAGAUUCCCUCGUCCAUGAGGUUCCUUUCAUGUUCGCUUUUCGAGUCCUGUACACGAUCAGCAUCAUUUACUUGCUUGUUGGCUCCAUACACCAAUCAACAAUGGAAGUAGCUAUAAUACUUUCCGUGUUCCCAAUUUCGCGUGGGUUGACAGAGGAAGACUUUGAAGUAGACGAAGUUGAAUGUCAUCGAGCGAUAGAGAAAUUCCAGGGCAGGGAGUUUGGGAUGAUGAGGAUGACACAGCAAGGCUUUGUCACACGUUGCAUCAAACAUCUUGUAGUAGGGUUGGAUAUGGAAGCUGAAUCAAAGGGUGGCAUGGCUUCAAUUGAUGCCGCCAUGCGAUGGGACGAAAAGGCUGGUAACAUCAUGGUGCUUAUGCAAUUUGGCUGGCCAUACUGGAAGCACAAGACAAAAUACUGGAGCAGAAUUGUACAACACAUGAAAGAGAAAAAGCUCCUCAAGAACAAAUCAUUUUUGGAACAUAUACAUGUGACCGACAUCUUGAGCAAGCUACUUUGGUUACAAGAAACCGAUGAUGUAACGUUAGAUAUUAUUCCAACCGGCAUGGUCAUAAGUGGAGAGACAUUUGAUCAAUCAUCAACAGCUCCUAGCUCUCCUAGACAGCCCAAUAUGGUGCUGGAAAGCGUAGGAUCACCCAACAUAUCGUCCGCCAGUCUACCGUCGCUCUCUUCUUUGCCUUUAUUACAUUACAAUAAGGCUCCACCGCAGGCUCCAAAAGUCUAUCAGCCUCCUUCCAUCAAUACCAUUUUACCUAGCAUGUCCAUGUCGCCCACCUGGUACUCGGCUUCGUAUCAAAAGGGCGCUAAUGCUCAAUGGAUGUCUCCUUCUUUCUACUAUAGUCGGCCUGCUACUUCGGUUUUGUUGCCUAGUCGACCGGGCAUGGAACCACAACGUGCUCAAUGGGAUCACCCUAGUACAUCCAAAGACGUGGUAUCGCGUUAUUUGAAGUACAAGAUUCAGCGGUUAUCGCCCAAGGCUACCCCUCAAAAAAUGAGACAUGUUUUACAGCGCUUUUUGAAGAGCAUGAUUGCUCGCAAUGAUAAGGCUGCUUAGUCAUUAGAUGAAUCAAAAAUGCCCAACCUCUUUGUACAUAUUCCCAAGUCUAUAACCAUACCAUACGAUAUAUUUUUUUCCCUUUCUUUUUCCUCUCAUUUCUAUCGCUGUCUUUGCUCUUUAUUACCCUCCGAUUUUUCUGUUUUGUUUUUGUUUCUACAACUGCUCAUAUAUAA